AUGUUGAAUCUUCCAAGGGAUCCCGUGUGUGGGUAUCUUUUGGACAAACCUUUGGGCUUGGUGGUCUCUGGGGGUCUUUUGCUUGGUAUUGUCAAGAUCAUGCAGCAGCAAUCUUCGCUGGUUUAUACUGAAGUGAUGCAGCUUUGGUCUCGAUUGCGGUUCGAUUUGGGAGGCAAAGUGGCAGAUCCAGAAAUUGACAUGCAUGUACCACGUGCCAAGGCACGAAACAUCACGCUGACAGAGCUUGAAGACUUACAGCUUGACUUUGAUGCUGACUGGGAACCCAUUGAUUUGACGGAUCAUCUUUUGGAAGACGCAAGAAUAAGCUCCCAGAUCGAAGAACAACAGCAAGAUGGCUAUCAAGAAGAGGAUCAAGAUCAAGUACUUGCAAUGGAAGUGGAGAAUCGAGAAGAGCAAGAAAACGCGCCGAUGCUAUCAGACGUUUACGAUGACAUGUUUUUUGAUGAUGACUUCAACUAUGGCUUCGAUCCCAUGCAGAGAAAUGACAUCAACGCCGACGUUGCAAUCGUGCCGGAGGAUGCAGUAUCUGAAACAGACACUCAAGGCUAUUCACAGAUUGUGCCUUUAUCACCUACCGCCAGUGAUACCAGCAGUCAAAUGCAGUCGAUUCAACAUCGUCGUCCUCGCCAACGUCGCCGACGCUCAACUCGUAUUGCUACCACGGAUCCAGUGACCAUCUUGCCUGCCACUUUUUAUGGGCGGACGGCUGAUAUUACAACUACAAGACCAAUGCAAACGUCUCGUAAGCGUGGAACAUCUUCUACGUCAUUGCUGGCACCACUUGUACCAGUGCAUGGUAUUCCAGGAUCGCAUAUCAUAUGGCAACGACCAACAUGGCGUGGACUUUCGACGGAGGCACCUCGCGAAGUCGAAAUGGCUAGAAGAGGGUCGAGACAAGGUGGCAUGAGCGUUAGCUCUGGGCAGCUCUUUUCAUCUUCAGGAAACAUUUCGGUCAAUGAUUGGAUGGAUGGUAUCCCUGUGGUCCCUGAUGCUACUAUCACCUCGGGUCUUGGUGCUGGUGCUGCCGCAAGUGGCAGUAGUGGUCAAAAUUCUUCUUCUGGUGAACAUUGGACAGAUAUUGACGAUGAUCUAUUCUUGGAUGAUAUCAAUGUUGGAAGCAUGCAUGACGAUGAUCCGGAUGCACUUUUGAGCUAUGCACGUCUCUUUGCUCAAAAUCAGGACCGGGUUGCAUUGGCGGAUCUUCUCGUGUCGUCCAGCACAAAGUCACAUGUGGCACGAUCCUUUUACAAUGUGCUUGUACUUGCAACCCAACAAAAGGUCAAGCCACAGCAAUCAACGCCUUAUGGUGCGAUCCACAUUAUCUUGGUUUAA